GUGUCUCGUACUCGUAGAGUAGAGUCGUCUUCUUCCGUUCGUCUCUUUUCUUUUCUUCAUGAAGUUUCGCUUUUUGAUUGCUUUUUCUCUGUUUGAAAUUUCCAUCAAUGGCGUCCUCAAGCUCGGGAAGUUCAAUUCCUGCACCAGAGGCCCUUCAAGUUUUAGUGUCCUCUCUCGCAGAUGAAUCUCCUAUGGUCAGAGACGCAUCCAUGGCGUCUCUCAAUGAAAUUGCUUCGCUGAACCCUCUUUUAGUUCUCGACUGUUGCUGUUCAGUUUCUCGAGGAGGACGUCGGCGGUUUGGGAACAUGGCUGGGGUUUUUCAAGUAAUGGCAUUUGGAGUACGGGCUUUGGACAAAAAAGACGUUGAUCCUUCUUUCAUGACUAAGCUCGCUAAGAUUGCCACAUCAGAGAUGAUUUCCUCAAAGGAGCUUAAUACUGACUGGCAAAGAGCUGCAGCUUGGUUGCUUGUUUCAAUAGGCUCACAUUUUCCUGAUCUAAUGAUGGAAGAAAUAUUCCUUCAUUUGUCAGGGCCAAGUUCAGCAUUACCUGCUAUGGUUCAGACCCUAGCCGAAUUUGCCUCUGCUGAUGCAUUGCAGUUCACACCACGAUUGAAGGGUGUACUAUCACGAGUUUUGCCAAUUCUGGGAAAUGUUCGAGAUAUCCAUAGGCCAAUAUUUGCUAAUGCAUUUAAGUGUUGGUGUCAAGCUGUUUGGCAAUAUAGCAUGGACUUCCCUUCACACUCACCUCUAGAUGGUGAUGUCAUGUCAUUUUUGAAUUCUGCGUUUGAGCUUUUACUGAAAGUUUGGGCAUCUUCACGGGAUCUAAAGAUUCGACUAUCAUCUGUUGAAGCUCUGGGUCAGAUGGUAGGUUUGAUCACCAGAACACAAUUGAAGACAGCUUUACCCAGACUUGUGCCCACAAUAUUGGAAUUGUACAAAAAAGACCAAGAUGUUGCUUUACUUGCCACGUGUAGUCUUCACAACCUCUUAACUGCCACUUUGUUGUCCGAAAGUGGUCCUCCUUUGCUUGAUUUUGAGGAACUUACAGUUGUUUUGUCAACUCUCCUUCCGGUGGUUUGCAUCAACAAUGACAGCAAAGAGAAUUCAACUUAUUCAGUUGGACUGAAGACAUAUAAUGAAGUUCAACAUUGUUUUCUGACAGUUGGCUUGGUAUACUCAGAGGAUUUGUUUAUGUUUCUUCUGAAUAAAUGCAGGUUGAAAGAAGAACCUUUGACUUAUGGUGCCCUAUGUGUUUUAAAGCAUCUCUUGCCCAGGUUGUCUGAAGCUUGGCACAAUAAGAGACCUUUACUUGUUGAAACUGUAAAGUUCUUGCUGGAUGAGCAAAACUUAGGGGUCCAAAAAGCACUUUCAGAGUUGAUUGUGGUUAUGGCUUCGCAUUGCUACUUGGUUGGUCUAUCUGGUGAGUUGUUUGUAGAAUACCUUGUGCGGCAUUGUGCUCUAACAGAUCAGGAUAACAAUGAUCAUCAGAGAUUUAAGGAAGUCUCAGUAUCAGGCAAAGCUUAUGUUCCUUUACAGCGCAAGAGAUUGGAGGUGAAAAUUGGGUCAGUUUGUUUGAUAGAGUUGAGAGCAAUCUGUGAGAAAGGUCUUCUAUUGCUCACUAUUACUAUCCCUGAAAUGGAGCAUAUUCUUUGGCCCUUUCUGUUAAAGAUGAUUAUUCUACGAGUUUAUACUGGAGCUGUUGCUACAGUUUGUAGAUGCAUUUCAGAGUUGUUCAGGCAUCAAUCUUUGAAUGGUAAUGCCAUGCUUAAUGAGUGUAAAGCUCGUGCUGAUUUACCAAAUCCCGAGGAGCUCUUUGCCCGCUUAUUGGUACUCUUGCAUGAUCCUUUGGCCCGGGAUCAUCUGGCAACUCAAAUUCUGACAGUCCUUUGUUACCUAGCACCGCUUUUUCCAAAAAAUAUUAACUUGUUUUGGCAAGAUGAGAUUCCAAAGAUGAAGGCCUAUGUCAGUGACACUGAAGAUCUAAAGCAGGAUCCUAUGUAUCAAGAGACUUGGGAUGACAUGAUAAUAAAUUUUCUUGCAGAAUCUUUAGAUGUUAUUCAAGAUGCUGAGUGGGUGAUAUCCCUUGGGAAUGCUUUUACCAGACAAUAUGAGCUUUAUACUUCUGAUGAUGAACAUUCUGCAGUUCUCCAUAGGUGCUUUGGCAUGCUGCUCCAAAAAGUUAGUGACAGGGGUUAUGUUCGCAAUAAGAUUGACUGGAUGUACAGACAAGCUAACAUCACCAUUCCAACAAACAGGCUUGGUUUGGCAAAAGCUUUUGGAUUGGUAGCAGCAUCUCACUUAGACACUGUCUUGGAUAAGCUGAAAGACAUUCUAGAUAAUGUCGGCCAGAGUAUCUUUCAGAGAUUCUUGUCUUUCUUCUCUGAUAGUUUUAAACCAGAAGAGUCUGAUGAUAUACAUGCUGGUUUGGCUUUAAUGUAUGGAUAUGCUGCUAAAUAUGCUCCAUCAACAGUUAUAGAGGCCAGAAUAGAUGCGCUUGUUGGGACUAAUAUGCUUUCAAGGCUUCUUCAUGUGCGUCACCCAACCGCAAAGCAGGCAGUUAUCACUGCUAUUGAUUUGUUAGGUCGUGCUGUCAUAAAUGCUGCUGAUAACGGUGCAUCAUUUCCACUGAAAAGAAGAGAUCAAAUGCUUGACUACAUAUUAACUUUGAUGGGUCGUGAUGACAAUAAUGAAGACUUUGCUGAUUCUUCUCUUGAACUUCUGCGUACUCAGGCCCUUGCUUUAAGUGCAUGUACAACAUUGGUUUCUGUGGAGCCAAAACUAACUAUCGAAACCAGAAACCAUGUACUGAAGGCCACCCUAGGGUUCUUUGCUUUACCGAAUGAUCCACUGGAUGUUGUGAAUCCUCUCAUAGACAACCUUAUUACUCUUUUAUGUGCAAUUCUUCUUACAAGUGGAGAAGAUGGGAGAAGUCGAGCAGAGCAGUUACUGCAUAUUUUGAGACAAAUUGAUUUGUACGUAUCUUCAUCUGUGGAAUAUCAAAGAAGAAGAGGUUGCUUUGCAGUGCAUGAGAUGCUUCUCAAGUUUCGCAUGAUGUGUAUCAGUGGAUAUUGUGCUUUGGGCUGCCAAGGAAGUUGUACACACAGCAAGCAAAUUGAUCGCACUUUGCAUGGAAACUUUUCCAAUUUACCAUCCGCAUUUGUAUUGCCAAGUCGUGCUGCUUUGUGCUUGGGGGAUAGGGUCAUUACAUAUCUUCCACGUUGUGCAGACACUAAUUCUGAAGUUAGAAAAGUUUCGGCUCAGAUUCUUGAUCAACUCUUUAGCAUCUCCCUUUCACUUCCAAGACCGUCAGCUUCUAAAUUUAGUCCAGAUAUAGAAUUGUCCUACAGUGCUUUGUCCUCUUUGGAGGAUGUAAUAGCUAUUUUGAGGAGUGAUGCUUCUAUCGAUCCAUCUGAGGUUUUCAACAGAAUUGUUUCAUCUGUUUGUAUUUUAUUGACCAAGGACGAGCUUGUAGCUACCCUGCAUGGUUGUACUGCAGCUAUCUGUGAUAAAAGUAAGCAAUCAGCUGAAGGGACCAUUCAGGCAGUUAUUGAGUUUGUUACUAAGAGAGGGAUUGAGCUAACUGAAAUUGAUGUCUCAAGGACAGCCCAAUCUUUGCUCGCUGCUACAAAUCAUGUAACUGAUAAGCAUUUACGUUUGGAGACACUUGGCGCUAUAUCUUCUCUGGCUGAAAACACCAGCACUAAAGUUGUUUUUAAUGAUGUACUGGCUAUGGCUGGAAAGGAUAUAGUGACAAAGGAUAUAUCCCGACUGCGGGGUGGAUGGCCAAUGCAGGAUGCAUUUCAUGCAUUUUCCCAACAUACAGCACUUUCAAUUUUGUUUCUCGAGCACGUGAUCUGCGUCCUUAAACAGAUUCCAGUCCUUAGAGCUAGAGGUGAUUCAGAGAAAUCAGACAACUCUAGUCAACUUGUUGAUGGUCAAAUAGAUGGUAACAUCCUGCAGGCUGCUAUUAUUGCUCUUACUGCCUUUUUCAGAGGUGGUGGUAAAGUAGGAAAGAAAGCUGUUGAACAAAACUAUGCUUCUGUUCUUGCUGAACUUACUUUACAAUUGGGGAGUUGUCAUGUCCUAGCAAGUUCUGGUCAGCUUGAACCUUUAAAGGCUCUUUUGACUGCAUUUCAGGCAUUCUGUGAAUGUGUUGGAGACCUUGAAAUGGGAAAGAUUUUGGCUAGAGAGGGGGAGCAAAAUGAAAAUGAGAAGUGGAUCAAUCUUCUUGGAGAAAUAGCAGGCUGCAUCUCUAUAAAGAGACCAAAAGAGGUUCAAACUAUAUGUUUACUUUUGAGUAAAUCUUUAAAUCGACAACAAAAAUAUCAGAGAGAAGCUGCAGCUGCUGCAUCGUCCGAGUUUGUCCGGUACAGUGGUGGAUUUGGUUCCCUGUUGGAGCAAAUGGUGGAGGUGCUGUGUCAGCAUGUAUCAGACGAGUCUCCAACUGUUAGACGAUUGUGCUUGAGAGGGCUAGUUCAGAUACCUUCUAUUCAUAUUCUGCGCUAUACAGCUCAAGUACUGGGAGUAAUAUUAGCAUUACUCGAUGACUCAGAUGAAUCUGUGCAGUUGACUGCAGUUUCUUGCUUACUCACGAUACUUGAAUCAGCACCAAGUGAUGCCGUUGAACCUGUUCUAAUUAAUCUUUCUGUGAGACUUCGUAAUCUUCAGGUGUGUAUGAACUCAAAGAUGCGAGCUAAUGCUUAUGCAGCUUUUGGAGUACUUAGCAACUUUGGAGUUGGUGUACAACAUGACCCAUUUCUUGAGCAGAUACAUAUAGCUCUUCCCCGCCUGGUUCUGCACCUGCAUGAUGAUGAUGUUGGUGUUCGACAGGCUUGUCGGAAUACACUAAAACAAAUUGCCCCCUUGUUGGAAAUGGAAGGAUUAAGUGUGUUGCUCAGCUCGCAUUGUUUCAAUUCUGAUCAUAGAAGUGACUAUGAAGACUUUGUUAGAGAAUUCUCAAAGCAAUUUGUUCAGCAUCUUCCUUCUAGAGUUGAUACUUGCAUGGCAUCAAUUAUAAAGGUUUUCGAUGCCCCUUGGCCAGUGAUCCAAGCAAAUGCUAUAUACUUUUCUAGCAGUAUGCUAUCCUUUUCAGAUGAUCAACACAUUUUGGCUCUUCAUUUUACGCAGGUGUUUGGAGUGUUGGUGGGUAAAAUGAGCCGCUCAUUAGAUGCAGUUGUUAGAGCAACAUGCUCUUCUGCAAUUGGUUUGCUGUUGAAAUCCACUAAUUCAAUCUCGUGGAGAGCUGAUCGACUUGAUCGUGUGGAUUCAAAUCGGAGGGUGAAUGAUUAAUGAGUUCGGCUGUUGAGUCUUGUUCUGCCUCUCGAUACAAAAAUAAAAUCUCUCGUCUAUUAGGCGCUGCUAUUCAAGGGUUUUCAAAAAGCAGGAAGGAGUGAUGGACCGUGUCCGGUAUGUUAAUUUAAGUUGAAUGUUAAAAGGCUUUCUAUUGUUAAAAAAUUGUACAGUUGCUGGGGAGUAAUUUACUCUAUUACGUGUCAAUUGUUGUAAAUUAUGUGAGCACGACUUUGUUAGAAUCAUUUUUUUUUGUCUAGAGUAGUUGUAUACCUACCUAGUUUGUUUAUAAAUGUAAUAGCGAUGUUGUACAAUAAAGUAGAAUAUAAACAAUCCAGUCUCGUGAGGUUGUGGCUUUUUCUUUA